AUGGCUUCUAAACGGCUAGAUGGAAAAGUCGCCAUUAUCACAGGCGCGGCUUCAGGCUUUGGCAAGGGCAUCGCACUCAAGUUCGUUCAGGAAGGGUGCAAGGUCCUCAUCGCAGACUUGUCCGAAGCCGCGGGACAGACCGUUGCAGCGGACCUCGGCUGUGCCUUCAAGCGAGCCGACGUCACCAAGCCAGAAGACUGGCAGGCUCUACUCGACGAGAUACUGGCGUCUUAUGGACACCUCGACAUCGUGGUCAACAAUGCCGGCGCGACCUAUGCCAACAAGCCGACAGAAGAAGUCACUGAGCGCGAGUUUGACCUGGUCAUGAAUGUCAAUGUCAAGUCAAUCUACCUGAGCACGACGAUACUCAUGCAAUACUUUCUCAGCCAGCACCGGCCUGGAUGUUUCAUCCAAGUGGCUUCGACAGCGGCAACGCGGCCACGACCGCGCUUGACUUGGUACAACGCGUCCAAAGCCGCCGUAGUAAAUGCCACAAAGACUUUGGCGGUUGAGUACGGGCCCAAACAGGUCCGCUUCAAUGCCGUCUCGCCAGUGGUUGGCAGUACAGGAAUGACGCAUCUCUUUCUCGGCAAGGCCGACACGCCCGAGAACCGUGAAGGAUUCGUCGCAACAGUCCCGCUUGGCCGGCCGUCCACGCCUGCCGACGUUGCAAACGCCUGCUGUUACCUUGCUAGUGACGAGGCGGCUUUUAUCACCGGGAUCAACAUGGAAGUGGACGGCGGGCGAUGUGAAGCAUCCGGGCCUCUUAGGGAUCACCAGUCAAUGACUCCGGAGCAGCCUAGCGAAGGGUGCCACGACUGGGUAGAUGAGCCACAUGCGACCAGGAGCGCCUUUGCUAGUCUUGACCACCCUUCAGUCCCUGGUCCUGGCUUAUUCGGGGGGGAUGACCCAUCUCUGCUCGGAAACCCGUAUCUGGCCGCUUUGACUCAGCCUGACCUAAGGUACGGAGGAUACGACUGGCUAGAUCUGGAUAUCUCGAAUCUGGACAUGGACUUCAGUCUUGUCGUGGGCGCCGAUAUUGACCUACCUCAUCCCGAACCCGAUGUAUCCACUUCUCCGGCCAGUCUCCUGCCCGAGCCGCCGGCGACUGCAUCCGUGCACAGGCAUUCCGGCUUGCCAUGGCCCUUCGAGCAAGGGCGGGAGAACCCAGCGCCUACGAGGCUGCCUCUACCACCUCUCCGCGAGAUUCUCAAGGCUUCGCCUCUUUCAUCCUGUGGAGAGGACGCAUCGGCUGUCGAAGGCCUAGUCCAGCUGCUUUCCGAGCCGAGACUCCCAAGACCGGACCAGGUGAGGGGCCCAUCGGCGGCUUCGGGGUUCGUCCUUCUCCAACGGCUCUUGGACGCGUACUUUGCCAAAUUUCAGAUGAUUCAGCCCGUCAUUCAUGGGCCGACUUUUGACGCCAGUGACUGUCGGACCAUACUUCUUGCAUCCAUGGCCUGUAUUGGGGCAGUGCUGUCCGAGUCUCCAGACUCUGCCGACCUCGCCGCUACUCUAAGCGACUUCUGCACACCGAUGAUCACUUGGUUUGGGACGACGGACCAGUCGAAUUAUUCCAACGUUGCCUACCUGACCUCGCUAUGUCUGCACCAGAUUUACUCGCUGGGUUCGGGAGAUCGCGCCCUCUAUCAAUUUGCAGACCGGAUGCGAGGUGUGCUAAUUGGAAGCCUCCGCGGCCUGGGACUCCUGAGUUGUCGGCCUACCUCACCCGAAAUUGGUAAUCCUGCUGACAGUUCCUUGUUAUCCGAUGUCCUCGAUGUGAAGGCGGACUGGCUCGCUUGGAUCGCACGGGAGACUGAGAUUCGGCUGGCUUGGGCAUCCUUUGAGUAUGAUUGCAGUCUAUGCACACUCACAAGUCGGCGCGGCGUCGUGGACUUGAGUGAAUUGCCCUCCAAGCUGCCAUCGAGCGACUGUCUCUGGGAGGCGCCAUCUGCGGAUGCGUGGCUAGCUCUCAGAACGCGGCUCGGUUCCGUUUCUCUCGGGCCUUCGCUCUCCAGCCUCUUGCAUGGUCUUGUCAAUGGCACCCACAUGUCGGAGCAUAUCUCGUCCUGGUCUAAAAGAUUGUGUGGGCAAGUACUUGGGCGGCUCCUUUGGGAUCUCAGACAAAUAGAGAUCCUCUCCAAGUCCGACUUUUUCUGCCUCCCGUCCUUGUCCAGCGGCCAGCAGCAGUCCAAGGCAUCACUCCUCAGGGGUCUUGAUUAUCUUUUAACCACACUAAAUAAUCCCACUUCAACAUCAGACCUUGUCAGCUACAACAUCUCCAGCUUGUUAUGUCACUAUUCGCACCUCUAUACGGCAGGCGAUAUCAUGGACCUGAUCCUGUACAUCGUCCGCGCUGUCGUGUCCCGCGAAUCUUCACACAUCUCCGCAAUCACCACCGCACGCCAUCGGCUGAUUUCCACCCUCGGGACGGACCCAGUGACAGCGAGGGAGCUCGCGUGGCAUGCUGGCCAGAUCAUUGCGGUAGCCAACGAGUAUCUCGUAUCGGCCCCCUGCGAGAUAAUGCGUCUGUUCAUGAGCUAUGUAUUUAUCAUCGCCUUUGUCAAGUAUAACCCCAGGGGCCAGACUCGAGACGCGGCCCCCGAAGUCAGGUUGGACAUGUCUAGCUGCCACGUCAGUGAGCAACGAAAUAUCUCGAAGUGGAUACAAGAGGGCGGGCCAGUCCGCCUGGGCUCUACAGCGGACCUUUCGACAUCAGGCGCGACGAAAACAAUUGUGCAGGAUGCGCAGAGUAUGAUGCAGAGACUGUGCAGCUGGGGACUCGCAGAGAAGUUUGCCAAGAUACUACAGUGCUUCGCAGACAGCGACGUUUGA